AAAAAAAAACAAAAACCACAACAGUAAUGUGGAUGUAAAGAUCAGCACGGAGUGUACGUCUGCUCUUUGUUUACUGCAUUUCUUGGGGCGACUCCAUUGUUUAGAAUAAAAGGAAAGAGACGCAACAUUCUGCGGGGUGUUGCCGAUUUGUAAAUUCGAUCAGAUCCUUGUCAAGCCACAUGUGUACCGGAUUUUGCGUUCAGCUCUGCUAGAGGCAACUGACAACAUGCAUGACAGCACAGGUGAUAGACACUGAUAUCAAAGAAUAAUCCUCCAUCCAAUAGUCCUCUGCGUGACAAGUCAAAUGCACCAGUAAUCAAGUAGAUACGCAAUUUUCGAUGAUAUCACUAUUCAUUAGACAUACACGACUUUCAAAGAUAUUGCAUUCCUAACACUUCAUAUUUAAUGUUAAAGUACAAAUUCAGCUACCAUUGUUUGAUGAUAUCAUUGCUCAUUAGUCUUAAACGACUUUCGAACGUGCCCCAUCGAUUCCUAACCCCAAGCAAAUUUUCCAUUAUUUUUUUAACUAACUCAUUUUUUCCAUUUUCAUCUCGCCUCUCUACCUCUCUUCCCGUAGACCGUGCCUAAACCCAACUCAUGUUAAAUUCCAGGGUCAAGGUUUCCCGCAAACAACAUGACCCUUCGCAAGGUUUUUUUUUUUUCCUUUACCAGCUCUGCUAAUCUUCAAUCGCCUGAAAAUAUAUCUUAUCUUUCAAUCUCCUAAAACCACAACUACAUAUCUUAAAACUGCAAUAUCCAUUGUGGCAAAUGUUUACUCAUCGGUUACAAAGCUAAUGUUUGCUACUAACCACUAGAUAGCAAAAGCUUUUUUCACCCCUGCAAAAAAGAAAGAGGAGCCUACAGCAGAAAGUGGAGACAACGUGCCAUCAUCCCCUGAUACUGAUAAUGCUCCUGCAGUCCUUCGUGUUAACGGUCAGCCUGCUGUCGCUGCCAUCUGUUCAAUUGCAAGGUAUGCACGGCCGAUUAUUUACGUUAAAAUUUGUAUUAAAAAAUAUGUGAAAAAAAUAUAAGAUAAAAAGUCAAUAAAUAGACUAAUAUUAGACAGGAAGAAUUGAUGGAUAAGGUUAGGCAUAUAUGUAAAGAAGAUGUGAAGAUGUAUUUCCCGGCAUGAAAAAAGAAAAAGAAAACAACCCGGGGAAAUCGCACAAGUCGACCCGUUUCCUCUGCCCUCGCCCGGCCUCCCAUGCACGCGCGCAUCCCUCGUCGGAAAAGUCUCCCGACCACACCGACGACGAACACCACGAACCACUCCCUGAACAAUCAAGCAACGUAUAUAUACGCGUGCGAUCGAAUGCUUGAUCACGAAGCUCGAACAGAAGAGGAGAAAGAAGCUGCGAAGAACGAGAAAAUGGCGGCGUCUGUGGGCACGUUCAUGUUCGUCCUAUCCCUCUGCGUCUCCCUCCACGUCCUCACGGCCGCCGACGCCGCGCGCCUCCCGCCGGGCGCCAGCCCGCUCGUCGCCACCUGCAUGACGGCGCCGUUCCCCGAGCUCUGCGUGCGCGAUCUGGGCCAGCGCCUCCUCGACAUCCAGACCGCGCUGGCGUCGGCCUCGGACCAGUCGGCCACCAUCGCCGGCGCCCCGGGGCAGGUGGACCCCAAGGCGCUCGUGGCCGUGGCCAUGGAGGCGGCCGCGGAGGCCGGCGCGGUGGCCACGUCCAUCUUCGAGGGCAAGCUCCAGGGGUUCAAUUCCAGCGUGCCCGCCUUCAAGAAGUGCCUCAACAACUGCACCGUCAUGAUGAAGAGCGCCAUGAAGAAGAUCCACGGCGCCUCGGCCGCCGCGAAGGCCGGCGCCAACGACAUCGCCAAGACCUUGGCGUCGCGCGCCAUCGGCGACGUGUCGUCGUGCACGCUCAGCUGCAAGGAGCUCAACGGCGACGUGCGCAUCAUCCUGCAGCACAGCCUCGUCGAGUUCCAGAAGAUGCUCCAGAUCGCCGUCGCCUUCAUCAGCAAGAUGAAGCCCAAGCCGGGUUCUCCCCCGCCGGUGCCAGCGAUGCCAUGAGCACGCGCCGGCCGCCCCCGCCGUAACUCUUCGCCUCGCCGCUGCUGCAUGCAUAGACGUUCCCUUAAUUCAUAAGAGUUUUUUAAGAGAGCGGAACAAGAGCUCCAAAUUAACCCUUAUUUUGUAGAGUUUUCUUUUGUGUAUUGUGUUGUUUUUGGUAUAGUUUGCGUCGAUUAAUUGUGACCUGUGUAUCGUGACAUGUGUCAUGAGAGGCCUCUGGCUGGUUGUGAGCCCAAGAAUAAUAUGGAGACCUCAGUGGCUCCUCCCUCUCUUGUUGUUUCCUGUUGAAAUCAACUCGAGUCAAUACUAGUGUUGACAUUCAUUAUUUCAAGAAGCUUGUACAUCUGACUGAACUCUGAAUUUGAUACAAUCAAGCUCAAUUACAAUAUAUCGUGAGUGUAUUGACAUCGACGAGUGUUUCCAAUUACAAUCAAGAGUGUACCCCAUAGUCCUACUCAUACAAUACAGUUUGACACAUGCAGGUGUUUCCAGUGGUAAAUCCUUGCAAGUGUACUCGUGUGUGUAUGAAUAUAGUGUUUGUUUAUAAUGAUGUGUGUCUGUGUUCUUCUUUUUCUAUGUAAUCGCCAAAAAAUACU